UUUUUUAUUCUAUCGUUGUAGCAACAUGAUGAACGCCGCCGUAGAUCGAGCUAGCGAGAAUGAAUUGCUCAUUUCGUUAGUCCGCGGCCAUCGCUCGUUGUGGGAUCAAGCAAGCCAAGACUAUAGGAAUGCAUCACUUCGCAACGCAAGCUGGAUUGCCGUCGCCAAGGGCCUAGGCCUAUCGGGGACGAACGACGAAGUCCUCAAAAUUAGCAGGAGAUGGAGGAAUCUGCGAGAUACUUUUGCAAAAAAGCUCCGGGACUCAAGAAAGAAGAGUGGUGCAGCCGCUGGAGAGCCGACGUCAACAUGGAAGAAUUUUGACGAUAUGCUUUUUCUGCGAGACAUUCUGGAGCCGCGACAAACGACCACGAACAUGGAGAUCUUUAGGGAUGACUCUGCGGAAGAAAUCCUCAGCCAAUAUUCCGAAAGCCCAUCGGAAAUACUUCUGCCCAUGGUUGAAGGACGUCACACAGACACGACACACACAAACACUAUCAAUUCUCUCCCUUCUACCCCUAGUGGUCUUUCAGGCUCUCCUUUGUUCCCAAUGCCUCCCAGUUGGACUCGUGUUAGCUGCCUUGACAAGAAAACAUUCGACUACGCUUACAAGGAAGAACUUGUGGCAGCGGCCGAAUACAACCGAAAGGCAUCCGGUGUCCAGAGCAUUGUUCUUUGGGAGCUUGCAAAGCAAUCGACGGCAACGAGUGCCCCAAGUCUGGACUUUCCUCUACCGAAUGCCGACAGUCACUACAUCUUGCAUCUCAGCAGAAAAUGA